AUGACUCUAUGUGGGCUAUGUCAAGGCAUCCCGCUAGAAGACCUCCCCACGUUCCCCAGACCAGACAACAUCAUCGCCCUCGGGCCCCGUCAAUCGAUCAUAGCGCUGGGUUAUAACGACCACCGAUCGUCACGGGAUGCUCCAGGCUUCCCUCACCACCCGAAUAUAGACAGUUUGAGAAGGGCGUCGGCCGCGGGAUGUGGGCUCUGCCAUAUUCUGGAGGACCAGGUGAACCGGAUGAUCCUAGCAAUGGAGGAACCGCAAAAUAUGCCGUCGGAACUGGUAGCACGUCAUCCUCGCUUUGAUCUAUGGUUUGCCAGGCGCUUUAACGGCGGGGAUGGCUUUGUUGUGCUCACCCCCAGCAGUGCACCCCGGGGAAGUGGGUACGACGUGCUGGUAGUAGCUGUCAUGGUGUUCUGCUGUGACGAAGCCGAUCCUCUUGCCACCGUGUUUCGGGGACGCCCGCCCAAGAAUACUCUGGAUACUGCAGCAUGUCAUCGGUUCGCUGGCUGGAUCACUGACUGCAACAACCAACACAGGUCGUGUGCUAUGCCCCCAGGGCCCCUGCCGACUAGGCUCAUCGAUGUGGGGCUCGAAGGCUCUGGGGAUCUAGUGAAGCUUGUCGAGCCGGGUGAAGAGACUCGUGGGCAUUAUGUAACCCUUAGCUAUUGCUGGGGUGGAGACAGGACUUCCGCAACAACACGCUUAAACGCUGCGUCCAAGAAGGAAGGGAUACUCCUGCAGGACCUACCCCAGACCUUUCAAGAUGCGAUAGUGAUGACACGGGCUCUUCACGUUAAAUACCUGUGGAUCGACCGCCUCUGCAUUUACCAAGAUGACUCCCAAGACUGGGAGAGAGAAUCUGCCAAUAUGGGGUCAAUCUAUGGGAAUGCCUACCUAUGCCUGUCAGCAACCAGUGCGGCAAACAGCAGGGAGGGACUUGUGCCUUCCAGAAAGACCAGGUCCAGCGUAAGUCUUCCUCACGCGAGCAAUAACUGCCAAGGGUAUAUUGAGGCCUGCCUGCUUCCAACGUCGUCAGACUUCGUCAAACGGAACUCGCUGGAAUUGAACGAAGAGCCCCUCUCCAGAAGGGCAUGGGCUUUUCAGGAACGACUAUUCUCGCGGCGAAGUUUGUUAUUUGCAAGUGACAAAGUGUAUUUCGUGUGUGCAACACAUAUUAUCUCGGAAGAUGGCAUCGAGCUAACUGACAGACCCGAAGCGGGUUAUACAAACGAAUAUCCAUAUAGGUUGAUCGCCAAUCAGAGCAAAUGUGGUCCAGUACCGCACGAGAUUACGCGCGCCCGCUGGUACCGCCUGGUGGCGCUCUAUAGUCGGCGCUGCUUAACAUUUCCUUCUGACAAAUUACCCGCCAUAUCUGGCAUCGCGAGAGAGUACGGCAAGGUUCUGGGCAGCGCUUAUGUAGCUGGGCUUUGGGGAAACUCUCUAGUGGAAGGAUUAACUUGGCAACCUCUAGGCAGGUGCAGGGCAGUACACGAGUAUCGGGCCCCGUCCUGGUCGUGGGCUUCUGUCGAUGGCAUGGUGGAUGAGCUCUAUAGAGAGAUCAGGCCCAUAGCGUCAGUUCUGGAUUUGAACGUCGACGUAGAUGGCGACAACCCCUAUGGACGAGUGAAGAGCGGCUGGAUCAGGAUCGAAGCGCCUCUUUUCCCUCUCUUUCUGGUGGAUUACGAGGGCCUGGUGGCGAAGGGGAGCACUGGUCUUCAGACAAUAGACGGGGGGGAUGAAGGAUUUUAUCUGAUGUUUGACACCAUCAGUAACCAACUCCAUAUUUCCCGCGAUCUUAUCAAGACCAUGAGGCUAUUUAGCUUGGUUCUUGCCGAAUACGUCGGAAUAGGGAUCAAGGGUUGGUACUUUUCUCUCAUCGUGACCCCUGCUGGUGAUGACCCUAAGACAUUGAAGAGAGUUGGUUGGCAUAUCGGAGCACAGUCCCAGUUUGGGCCUCGUGAUAUUCACACAACCAAGUCUAUCAUAACAUUGGUUUGA